AGACUCCCACGGCUUGUCUCCACUCCAGUCCAUAAACAGGUGCCGAGGAGACUUUGAGCGCAUUACCAAUGGAAGCUGCCUUUGUCCUGCUGAUGCUGGUGACAGCUGUGUCCGGGUGCGGCGAGCCCAGCCACAGGCCCGACACGUCGCGCGUGGUCAAUGGCGUCGAAGCUCGGCCGCACAGCUGGCCGUGGCAGGUCUCCCUCGAGUCCUUCUACCCCACAUGUGGAGGCAGCCUCAUCGCAGCAAACUGGGUUCUGACCGCGGCCCACUGCAUCACCUUCCACACGUACCGGGUGGUCCUCGCGGAGCACGACAUGAGCCAGGAGGAGGGUCCUGAACAGUCCAUCAGGGUGGAAAAGAUGAUCCUGCAUCCGCAGUGGAACGACAACUGUCCAUCCUGCGGCAGUGACAUCGCCUUGCUGAAGCUGGAGAGGAGUGCUGUCAUCAGUGACAAGGUCCAGCUGGCCUGUCUGCCCAAGCACCAAGAGGUUCUGGCCCACAUGCAGCCCUGCUAUGUCACCGGCUGGGGGCGCCUCUACACUGGUGGUCCUCGGGCAAGCAGACUGCAGCAGGCGCGCCUCCCAGUGGUGGAACACAGCGUGUGCAGUCGGUCUGACUGGUGGGGAAGUUCUGCCAAGACCACCAUGGUGUGCGCGGGAGGAGAGAGCGAGUCCGCAUGUCACGGCGACUCCGGCGGCCCCCUCAACUGCCAAGGCAGGGAUGGCAGAUGGUACGUCCAGGGAGUGACAAGCUUUGUGGACGGACGUGGGUGCAACACUCUGAAGAAACCCACAGUCUUCACACGCGUGGCCUCAUUCAUCCCGUGGAUCACUGAGGUGAGGCAGAGACAACUUCAAAACCAUCGAUAACAAAACCAUGUGCAACUCAAACCUCUACUUACUUCAACAGACCAUGUCCAAAAACUGAAAGUACCCUC